CAGAAGCUGCUUUAUAAAAUCCAUUGCUCACUCUACAAUCAACACUUGUAAUCAAAUUGUUGUAACUUAAAGUUCCAAAUCACACUACACUAUUGUCAUUGUCUUAAAAUUGUUAAUUAGUGAUGGAGGUUACAAAAAAGUUGCAACUAAAGCAUUUGAUAUCAAAGGUGUUAAAGGGUCUUCAAUUCUUGGCAAUUAGUAAAUCAUCAUAUACAAGGAGAGUUAAUUAUAUAAGUGACAUUGAUGAUGAUGAUGAUGAUGAAGAGAGUGAAGCAUCAACAAGAGUGCAACAAGGGUAUUUCGCGGUUAUAGCAAUGCAAGGUGAAGAAACAAAGAAAUUCAUUGUUGAGUUGGAUUAUUUGAAGGAUCCCGAUUUCAUGAGACUAUUGGAGAAAGCUAAGGAAGAGUAUGGAUAUGAACAAAAGGGUGCAAUUACUGUUCCUUGUAGACCUCAAGAACUUCAAAAGAUUAUAGAGAAUCGACACAAUGCCGCUAUGUAACACUUCUUGAUUGAACAAUCUAUAUUCUAGGAAAAGUAUUUCGCUAAUGAUACGAUACAGAAUUUCACACAUUUAUUUUAUGUAUACGAUAGUGCAAUUAAACUAUCGUUUUGAUUUUUUGCAUAGAUAGAACAUCUGAAAUUGGAUCGUUCUGUAUCUAUUGCCGAUUUGUAUAUUUUACGUUUGAACAUGUAUACUAAUGUAUUGUCAGUGACUACUGUGACAAUUUAAUUUCUUCCACAAAUUAA